AUGGAGCUGAAGAGAGCGAAGCCGCGCCUCCAGGUCGACUUCCGAGUACCACUAGAGGUGCCUCCGGACAGCGACGACUGCAUGGACCACUACCUGGGCCAGCUGAAGGAGUUCACCAAGGCCGUCCUCGUCGGCAGCUCCGGGCUCAUGUACAACAAGAGCCUCAUCAUGGAGUACGUGCGGGAGAUGGUGUGGCGGCGGCGAUCGCACGAGCUGAGCGCGCAGCUGGACGCGCACCUCAAGGACACCAUCGAAUCGAUGCUGGCCGACAUCGACCGCGAGAUCGACGAGGGGUCGCCCGAGAACGAAGACAACGACUACCGCAACCGGAGGGUGUUCGACCGCAUGGAGAUGUGCUGGUGCCACCUGAGGAAGGCGCUGAGCGAGCUGAUACAGGUCUGCUCCCAGCUGGAGUCCCCCGCCAACAACGGCGGCUUCUCGAUAUGGGCCGUCGCCAUGAGCUACUUCCAGAGCUACCUGGAGACGAGGCAGAAAAUGAAGGACCGGCUGAUGGUCGCGGCGCUGGACCGUAUAGCGGACUACCGGAGGGGCAGCGAGGUCGUGUUCUGCCAGAUACGGAACAUCGUAGAGAUGUUCUCGUUCGUGCAGGUCUACGACAAGUUCGAAGAGCGGCUGCUGGCGGAGACGCGCAGCCACUACCACCAGCGGGCAGCGGAGGUGCUAUCGCAAAACCGCAUCACGCAGGCCUACUACGUGAUCAGGGACCUGAUGCAACACGAGGAGGAGUGCUGCAAGAAGUACCUCAUCAAGAAGAGCGUGGAAAACGUCCUGGGCGUGCUGCGGGUGCAGGUGCUGCUGCUGAACGCGCAGACGCUCAUGGACCGGGGGGAGCUGAAGCAGAUCAUCCGGCGUAAGGACGUGCAGUCCAUGGCGGUGCUGCUGUCCAUUUACGAAAACACGGAGUGGAGCGUGAUGCUGCACGACGCCAUCUUCGAGGCGUCGCAGAGCAUCGGGGAGGACAUAACCACGAGGCUGCAGGAGGCGGCGAAGGCGGCGGCGCCGGCCAAGUCGCCGGAGCUCUGCCGCAGUUUCAUCGCGGAGUUGUACGAAUUCAAGAGCUGCAUCGACGUCACCGUCAAGGGCACGCUGCCGGCCAGCGUGGACAUGCGGGCGAAGGAGCAAGCCCUGUGGAACAAAGUCAUCAACGCGAACGAACAGGUCAUGGAGGCCGUGGCGAUAGCGCUCGCCUCGUACGCCGACGGGGCGCCGCACGAGAUGGGCGCCGCGGAGUUCGUUGAGGACCCGCGCGGCAUCAGGUUCUUCAUGCACGUGUUCAGGGCGCUCACGAAGAAGCUGAACUUCGAGGUGUACUUCAGGGGCAUGCUCACCAGCAGGCUGCUGUACGACCACGGCCUGAACCAGGUGCACUCAGCCGUGGUGGCCAACCUCAAGGAGGAGUGCGGCGCCGCCUACGUCGCCAAGCUGGAGGCGCUCAUCAGCGACCACAACAACUCGUGCAAAAUCGCCGACGAGUUCCGCAGCGCCCAGAACGAGGCGCUGGCGAAACUGGCUGGCAAUGCGUUCCCCUUCUCCACGCUCGUGGUGUCCAAGGACACGUGCAUACGGGCCGCGCCCAAGGAGCAGCCGCCGGCCGACGACGCGUUCCAGGACUGCGAAGUCGACGGCGCGGCCCCGCAGGACACGCCGCUCGAGGUCAAAGUUGACCCCGGCCUGCAGGUGGCGAAGCAGCUGCAGGAUGGCUUCAUUGACUUGUACACGGCCCGGUACAAAAACAGGGCCGUCGAGUACCUGCCGGAGUUCGGGUCCGCUACGCUGGAGAUGGAGCUCAACGGGGCCUGCUACGAGCUCAAGGUUUCCGCGUGCCAGGCCUACUGCCUGCUGGCGCUCAACCAGAUGGAGCAGGUCUCGCUGUCGGCGCUGCGGGAGCUCAUGGGCAACGAAUACAACGAGCCGAUGAUGCGCGAGCACCUCGCCGUGCUCAACGCGCCGUCGAGCCCGGUGGUUGUCUUCCGGCACCCGGGCAUCAGCUUCGCGACCUGCACGGCAGACGACCGCUUCGGGCUCAACCCGGCGUUCGUGCCCGCCGAGAGGGUCCUGGAGCUGCAGCACCGGAGGCCGAUGUUCGACGAGCGGGCCGCGGCGGAGUCCACGCACAACGCCGUCGAGGACAUCACGCCCGCCAUGGAGGCCACCAUCGUGCGCCACCUCAAGAUAAACCUCGAGGACUCGGCCUCGAACGUGUUCAAGGUCUGCGCCGCCAAGCACCCGAGCAUCGACCGGUUCUACUUCAACAAGGUCGUGGACUCGCUGACCGAGCGGGACUUCCUCAGGUUCGAGCCGCAGCAGGACAAGUUGAAAUACGUGCCGUGA